CCAUAGUGUAGGCGUUUCCCUAAAUGCUGGACCCUGACCGACAUACCUUCAGUAACGACCCGCAGGGUUACGACACUCCAAGGUUCAGGUGAUCAACGCACAGGUUUAAAAAAUCAAAAUGAACGACGACACACUCGAAAACAUGAUAUUUCGAGAAUACGACAUGGAGUCAUCAUUUUCUCAGGUCGUCUUUGUUAAUAUCCUGCGCUCGUACCAGAUUAACGUUCCUGUGAAAUGUUGUUACACCUUGACUGGAGGACUAAAACCCAACACUAGAGAUUGGAUUGGCAUUUUCAAGGUUGGCUGGAAGUCAACACAGAUGUACUACAACUACAAGUGGGUUCAGCCUUCUUUGGAACAGGAUGGGCCUGAGCCCCUUCAGCAAGAAGUUGUUUUUAGUGAGUCCUACCUCCCUAAAGAUGAUGGGGAAUUCUAUCAGUUCUGCUAUGUGGACAGCAGUGGUCAGGUCAGAGGAGCCAGCACUCCUUUCUGCUUCCAGAACCCAGCAGAAGCAAGUCUAGACUGCAGCCUGGAUAAAGACCUUUUAGUGAUCACAACACAGGAGCAAGCAGAGCAGAUGGAGAAAGAGAAAGAGAGCCUCCUAUCUGAGAUGAAACAUCUGAAGGAUGAAAAUAAGAUUCUGAAGAAGGAGCUGGACGAAAGAUUGCACGAGAUUCACCGUCUUAGGAUUCAAAUAGAUAAACUAAAGCUCAGCAGUUUGUCCGAAACACUGCCACCGAUCGAACAGAAGCCUCAGGUUGAUGAACAGAUUAUCCAAACACAACAGCCUCUCUCUCACACCCUGGCAGAAAUUGAAAGCAAACAGGAACAAGAGCCACUGACUAGUAUACAUGAGAAGUAUAAGAAGGCAUUGCAGAAGAUUAUCACGCUGAAAGAAGAGAGGGAACUGUUAAUACAAAAGCUCGAAGCCCAGCAAGCAGAGAUUUCACAGCUAAAUCCCAGGAUCAAAGAAGCAAUGCAGGGUUACAACACACUGCAAGAUCAGAUCCAGCUGCUGCAGGUCGAUUUACAGAGCAGUCAGAAAGAGAUCAAACGGUUGCAGUCUGAAAAGCUGGCAAUGAAGGGAGAACUGGACGAACUGAGGCCAGAGAUCAAGGAAUUACGUGCAACCUUGUCACAACAAAGCCCUGCCGAGGGAGACAAGGGUGGUAUAAAGAUGCAGAAUCAUACUCUCCUGACUCAGCUGACAGAAGCCAGAGGGAUGCUGCGCAAAGAAAUCCAAAACAGCAAUGAUGCAAACCAGCGAGCAGACAGAGCUGAGCGAGAGGUGACAGAGCUCAAGAAAAAGCUUGAGCAAAUGACAAUAGCAGAUGACAGGAAGGAGAACAAUCAACAGAUUGAGGCACAGCUUAAUGAAGCACAGAGGAGAAUCAAGGAACAGGCACAUGUAGCAGAGAUGGUACAAUUAGAAAAGGAAAAUCUGGCUAAAGUAAAUCAGAAACUCAAAGACGAAAAUGAGAGACUACAGAAGGUGGUGUUUGAGCUUCAGGUGGCCUCAGUAGCAGCUGCAUCUCAGCACCAGAACAACCCUCUGAGUCCUCUCCCCUCCCAGUUAUCUACUGCACCCAUCAGCCCCCAGCUGCAAGACCAGGCACACUCACAUUACUAUGAGUCCAUAAACAAUCUUUCAGGUGUUCCCACUGAUACAGAAAACAAGUCAAGAGUGUGCCGUCACUGCUGUGAGAGCUUUCCUGACAUCAGUGAGGAUGAGCUGGAGAUACAUGAGCAGAGUCACAAGGUGUGCCCAUUCUGCACUCUGAUCUGUGAUGAAAUGAAGCAGCAAGAGUUUGAAGAUCAUGUCUACAGCCACGAGGAAUAGGCAGGCCACCGCUGAUUUCAUAAGUCAACAAGGCAAAUGGGACAUUAUUAACCUGUCAUUAUUAACUCUUUGAAAAUGUUUGUCUUUAAAAAGGAAUAAAAUAUAUAAAUGGUUAUACAAAUUAAAAUUAUACAAAUGGUUGUAUAUGUUCAGAGACUUCUGCCUAGUUAAAUGCUUUGCUGUAAUAUUAUUUUUCUAAGAAUACCUAGUGCCAAUAUGUAACAAAAUCACUGUAUUAAUAGUAGAGUAAUAAUAUCUUUUAAAUGUAUAGAGUACUUAACAUGCUUCACAUUUAAAGAACUAUCAAAUUGGUGUUCUGGAGUUACAAACACAAAAUUAGUAAAAAUACAAUAGAAACCUGCACCCAGAAAUCAAAGAGACCAACGUAUAAGUUACACUGAACUAAUAUAAAGUUCCACAUCGCUAUAAAGUCAGAAAAAAAUUUAAAGAAUAAUAGUCAUAAAUUGAAUUCAUAAAACAUGCCUAAAGCAAUUUGAGACCAGCUGAUUUUAGCAUUUUAAUUUAAAUUACUUUUAGAUGCUCUCCUAGUAAUGUAAUACAGCUAAUACUACCAUUGGAAUAAGGGUUCAAAAUUUAGCUUUAACAGCUGGAGGAUCCUUAGAAUUCUGGCUGCCAAAUUUUGGGGAGGCUGAAUAACAAAGGACAAAGCAAAAACUUACUCUAACGAGUUUAGUGAAUACUAGCAAGCAAGAAAAGAUGGGCAAGCUUCUGGAGGCUGGGUAAAUACUUGGAAUUAUUUACGCUUAUGGUAAUCAAACGCCAUACUGGAAAAACAACACUUUAGCUGUUUAACUUAUUUGCAGAUUGGGCAAAUUUUCAGCUCUCUUAUGAAUUAAAUAAUGGAUGUCAGCAAAAACACUGAUCUGUGUGGUACUGCCAUGCUUCCGGUCUGGAAUAUGACAUCUCCGAUAAAGUAGCCAAUUUUAUCGGUGGUCUUAUCCUCAUUUCAGAGGUUUUAGGCUGUCCACCAAUUGCAGUGUUGUAUAAAACCAUUUAUAAGGCUAUAUUCAUUAGACUUAAUAAACGGUUUAAUGCUAAUGGUGAGCACUGGCAUAUUAUGCAAAGUUUGUGAUUAUAUGGCCAAAAGCAAUAUCAAAAUCAUAAUAUGAAAAAUACAAGUGACCCAAGUUCUGUGAGAAUAUGACUACCCUAAGAAUUACAAAUGAAGUAUGCUUAAAGGAAACUAAUACAUUACAUU